GCCAAACAGUGAGUGAGAAACAGCUGAUCCCAAACCCCAAGGAGGACCGGGGCGGCGGAGGAGAGCGAUGACAGCGUAAUACAGGAGCAGUAUUCAUUGUUGAGAUCAGAUACCAGUGAUUACUUCCAACCUCGGCAAUGGGAUCAUCAUAUUUGUAUCUCCUGCCUCUCAUGGUCUUCGUACUCUUCCCUGCUACCUUCAUUAUCACGUACACCAUAUCGGUUUUGCUGCACCAUACUGAACCAGAGUUUCCAUACAUCAGCGAUACAGGAACGUAUUCACCCGAGAGCUGUAUCUUCGGCCAAGCCCUGAACAUAGGAGCUUUUGCCAUACUUGUCACUAUUUACGUUCGCUUUCGGCAAAUAGCCGAGCUUUAUCGUAACCAUUCUUCGUCUUCCAACAUUGUGAGGCUGAAUCGAAUGGGUUUCUUCAUAGGCUCCCUUGCUGCUCUUGGUAUAUCAAUUGCUGCAAAUUUUCAAGAAACCAAUGUGUUCUUUGUUCAUAUAACUGGAGCCCUGAUGGCAUUUGGCCUUGGCACAGGAUAUCUUUGGGUUCAGGCAAUGUGCUCGUAUGAGACUCAUCCACUUGUCAACAGUUUGGCAAUGGCCCACAUGCGGCUAGUGUUGGCUGUGGUGGCAGCAGUGUUCUUUUUGACAGGGUGUGUGUGUGCCAGCAUUGCCCAUGCUCAGUUUAAUGGUAAGGAUCCAACAAAGUGGUACCCUGAUGAUGGAGGCUGGGGCUUCCAUGUGGCUAGCACAGUGUCGGAGUGGGUGUGUGCUGGCGCCUUCAACCUCUUCAUGCUUACUCUUGUAGAUGAAUUCAAAUGCAUCUCUAUGGACCCUCCACAGGUGUAUGUAUCUGUGGAGACACUAGCCCCGACUCAGUACAGUGGCAUUGGGGAGUCAGAUCAAACAAACGAUGAUGUGCAGGCCAUAUUAUCGUCACAAUCAUAUAUUACCUGAGGAAUACCCUCCCAGUCGGC